AUGACCCGCGUGACCCACUGGCUGCCGCGCCCCGACUUCAUGGCCAUCCUGGCGGACGCCAUCAGCUCGCCAGAUCACGCCGCCAACGUCCGCCUGCUAACCUCGGCCGCCGUGACGGCCGUGCGCCGCGCCGGCGGCGGCGUGGAGGUGGACGUCGCCCUCAGCAGCGGCGCCGCGGCCACCCUCCGCCCCAAGCUGCUGAUCGGCGCCGACGGCGCCGCGUCGGCGGUGCGCGAGGCGCUCCAGGCGUGGGCGGCGGACGGUGCGGCGCCCGGCGCGGCGGGCGGCAGCUUUGCGCAGAAGCAGGUCGAGUGCCCCAGCGCGGGGCUGCGGUUCAAGGUGCUGCCGCUGCCCCCCAACCUCGAGCUGCGGGACGGCACCCGCGUGCCCAACCGCGCGUUCGCGCUGCUGCAGGGCCGCAAGGCGACGGCGCUGGGCGGGGCCGCGGCGGUGCGGCUGGGGCUGUUGCCGUUCAAGGACGACCGCCCCGGCCGGACCGGCAACCUCAUCACGACGCCGGACCACCCCAUUUGGGACGUGGCUGAUGGCGAGCGCAUGUACCAAGUCCUUGAAGAGGCCCUGCCGCAGGCCGACUGGCGCGCCCUCGUGCCGCCCGCCGCAAUGGCUCGCUUCGCGGCGUCCAAGGGCGGCGCGUUCCCGCGGCCGACGUACUCUGACGGCGCGGCGGCGGCCGCGGGGGGCGCGGCAGUGGUGCUGCUGGGGGACGCGCUGCACUGCUUCCCGCCAGACCUGGGGCAGGGUGUCAACUCGGCGCUGCUCGACGUGCUGGCGCUCGACGACGCCAUAACCGCAGCCACGCCAGCGUCCUCGUCAGCGUCCUCGUCAGCGUCCCCGUCGGCGCCAGGAGCUCCCCCGGCCGGGGCCGUCGGCGCGGGGACAGGCCCCGGCGGCGUUGACCUGGCGGCCCUCGCGGCUGAGUUCCAGCGGCGGCAGCUGCCCGAGGCGCGCGCGCUGUGCGAGCUGCUGCCGCUGGGCUUCCCCUACCAGUACUCGGCCUCGCUGCGGCGGCAGCUGUGGACGGCGGUGUUCCUGCUGCAGACGGCGGGCAACAAGGUGGCGCCGUGGCUGGUGCCGCCGCCCACGUUCAUAAUGAUCCAGGACAACAGCCUGAACUAUGCCGCAAUCCUGGCAAAGGUGCGGCAGGCGCAGCUGGUCGGCCGUGCGCUGCUGGCGCUGCUGGCGGCCGUGCUGCUGCCCAAGCUGGCGCGGCUCGCGCUGCGGCUGUCGGCCGGCGCGGCGUGA